AUGCAGCUCCUCAGCAACAGCCUCCUUUUCCUCCAGCUCCUUGUCCUCACGGCAGCAAUGCCUGCUUGGAACCUAUUCUCGGCCCCUCGCAACACCUCGGAGGCUCUUUAUCUGGCUCAGGACACCGACAACACCUUGGACAAGCGGUACAACAACAACAAACUCUAUUGCCAGUGGGGGACAGAUACUCGGAUGGGCAUUUGCAAAAAUGUCAAAGGCUUUUUUGGCGAAAAGUAUAUCUGUGAUGCAGCAUGCAACUGCAAGAAUGGAAUACCAAUCAAAGAUCCGAAUGAGCACGAGGCCGGUAUCGACAAAUGA